CGCCUCCUUGUUAUCUUCCUUCUCCCAGUCUUACUGCUGUUCCUCUCUGAACUCUCUCCACUUCAAAGAUUCCAUCAUGUUGAAAUACGUGGCUUUCUUUGCUCUCUUGGGCUUUGCUUGGUCACAAUCUUCCCCAGCAGCUCAGGCCACCGCAAUGACCGCCGCGCCCGUUGGAUCCACCGCACCCGCCAGCCCAUACAAAUUCUUCUACGAUAAAUUUUACCAUCAGAUCGUGAUGAUGACGUCAGACUCCUGCUACUUCCACCAGCUGAGUCGUGAAGAGCGUUACGACGCUCAGGACGCGGCCGGGCUCAAGGCCAUCGAGACCAAAAUCCUGGCUGCCGAGAAGAAAUUAGAAGAGUUUGGAACGGAGACUCAGAGUAACCUACACUUCUACUCGUACAGCUUCGAGAUCAGACAGGCUUGUAGAGACAAAGACACCUACAAGAUAUCCAGCAGUGGUUAGGCCGGGCAGAGAUCAACCCAGAAUUCUAUAUCCAAUUAAUUCGCAAGAGGAGACUCGAGUUGAAGUUUCUGGGAUCACCUUAAUGUCAAAUAAUGGUUAAUAAAUAUUUUACAACAAUCAUGGC